UGCUCAGGUGACUUGAUCUCACUCAUCAGCCCUGCCUCCUGUCAUCUUCGUUCAGGUUUUGUUUGCCUCAAGAAUCUGAAGUACACAGACAGUCGAAGGAUUGACAGGACACCACACGGGCACAAGAUGGUCUUCUAUCCGCCGCCAUGGGCUCCUAAACUCCCGUUCGCCCCGCCCGACUCGGUCACCAUUGGCGAGUUCAUGAGGAAUGAGAUCUAUGGCCGCCAUCCGAUUGCCAAGAGCCGUAACCCCUUCACAUGUGGUCUCACAGGCAAGACAUACUCCGUGGCCGAGUCUCACAGACGCUCCGAUCUGAUUGCAAAGGCCUUGUCAAAUAUCAUGGGCUGGGAGCCCAAUGCCGACACUCCCUGGGACAAGGUGGUUGCAGUAUUCUCCUUUAACACGAUCGACUACCUAUCAGUUCUACACGCCGUGCACCGCUUGUCCGGCAUAGCCACACCUGCAAAUGUCGCGUAUUCAGCAAGCGAGCUGGAGCACCAGCUCAGGUCAUCCGGGGCCAAGGCACUCUUCACCUGCGUGCCAGUGCUGGAGACCGCCUUAACAGCGGCGAAGGCUGUGGGGAUUCCCGAGGCCAAGGUCUUUCUCAUGGAUUCUCCUCUUCACUCUCACAAACUUUGGGCCCCUUUCCAAACGGUCAAUGACCUGGUCGAACUCGGCCUUUUAGUGCCAGACCUGGAGCCCCUGAAGUGGACCACAGGGCAGGGUGCACGUCAAGUGGCUUUCCUCUGCUACUCUAGCGGCACCUCUGGUUUGCCUAAAGCCGUUAUGAUCUCACACCGAAACGUUAUUGCCAACACAAUGAUGUACUGCCUUUUCGAAGACGUGGCCAGAAGGAAAGACGGCAUUGAAACUCAGGUUGAGAUGGGCCUCCUUCCGUUUUCCCACAUCUACGGCCUGGUCGUGGUGGCUCACGCGGCGACUUGGCGCGGUGACGAGGUCAUUGUAUUGCCUAGGUUCGAGCUCACGGACUAUCUCCGAGCCAUUGAGCGGUUCAAGGUCAACCAUGUCCCUGUGGUACCUCCGAUUAUUAUUCGGAUGCUGAGCAGUAAAGAUAUCCUCAAGAAAUAUGACCUUAGCAGCAUCAGGUGCCUCUUCACCGGAGCUGCACCGCUAGGGAAGGAGACGGUUGAAGAAAUACUUCGACUAUAUCCCCGCUGGCGCGUCGGCCAGGGCUACGGCAUGACCGAAUCCUCCACCGUCGUCUGCUCAACCAGCGAGCAUGACAUCUGCCAGGGGACCUCCGGCUCUCUGCUUCCCGGCUUUCGAGCCAAGGUUAUCGAUCGCGACGGCAAGGAAAUCACCGAGUACGGCAAGCCCGGCGAACUGCUCGUGCAGUCUCCGUCGGUCACGCUGGGCUAUCUGAAUAAUGAGAAGGCCACCGCCGAAGCCUUUAUCUAUGACGAGGACGGGCGGUGGCUGCGGACCGGGGAUGAAGUCAUCGUCACCAAGUCGGACAGCGGAUACGAGCAUAUCACGAUUGUGGACCGGCUGAAGGAGCUGAUUAAGGUCAAGGGCCAUCAAGUCGCCCCCGCCGAACUCGAAGCCCAUCUCCUAACCUACCCCGCUGUCGACGAUUGCGCCGUGAUUGCCGUCCCAGACGAGCGGGACGGCGAAGUACCCAAGGCAUUUGUCGUGAGACCUGCGUCAAUGGCGUCGCGGAAGGAUGACGAUAUGGCUGCCGAGAUCAUCAAGCACGUCCAGGACCACAAGGCCCAUUACAAGUGGCUCAAGGGCGGGGUCGAGUUCAUCGAUGCCAUUCCCAAGAGCCCCAGCGGCAAGAUUCUGCGCCGGUUGCUGCGGGAUAGGGAGAAGGAGGCGAGGCGGGCGAAGGGGGCUAAGCUCUGAUCUGGUGUUGAUGUGUAGUUGGCGAUACCUGGCCAGGAUCUAGAUUGUCUUUGGGCGCGGUGAGUACAAGGCGGGUGGAUCUGUUUGCAUGUACUGUCGCUGCAUAGGAUGCUGCAGCGUAUCUCGGAAAUCUGCUCACACUUGCAGAUCAAACCGCAUCGUCAUUUUGGAGACAUAAGAUGAGAUCGCGUUUUGACUGCGUUUUCAUGCGUUGACUUCCGGCUACAUAGCUAGACAACCACCCCCCUUAACUCGAAACAGGUUAUAUCUUAGAAGUCUGCUCA